CCGUCUUCUACCUCCGCCUCGUCGUCACAAGUCACAAGCACAAGAGGCGAAAGCGCGGCGCCGUCGCGGAGAGGAGAGGAGGGCGACGAGGGGGAGGCGAUUCCCAAACCCUAGCUACCCUCACCGCCGCCGCCGCCAGCAGCGAUGAUGGCCUACGCGCUGCGCGGUGCCGCCCUCGUCGGCGUCCUCCUCCUCGUCGUGGCCUCCCCGGCGCUCGUCCCGGUGGCCUCCGCCGUGCCCUUCAUCGUCCUGCACGGGAUCGGCGACCAGUGCGAGAACGGUGGGAUGGCGUCCUUCACCGAAAUGCUUGGGGAAUGGUCCGGCUCCAAGGGAUACUGCAUUGAAAUUGGAAGAGGAGCAUGGGACUCUUGGCUGAUGCCACUUCAAGAGCAGGCAGACACUGUUUGCAAGAAGGUGAAGAAAAUGAAAGAACUCCGUAAAGGUUACAGCAUAGUUGGCCUUUCUCAGGGGAACUUAAUUGGUCGGGCAGUAAUUGAGUACUGCGAUGGUGGACCACCGGUAAAGAAUUUCAUCUCGAUUGGUGGUCCUCAUGCUGGUACGGCAUCAGUACCACUUUGCGGUUCUGGCAUCGUUUGUGUUCUUAUUGAUGCUCUGAUUAAAUUGGAGAUAUAUUCAAACUAUGUACAGGCACACCUUGCUCCUAGUGGUUACCUAAAGAUACCCACUGAUAUGACAGAUUAUUUGAAGGGUUGCAAGUUUCUUCCAAAGCUUAACAAUGAGAUACCAAGUGAAAGAAAUGCUACGUAUAAACAAAGAUUCAGCAGCCUGGAAAAUCUAGUAUUGAUUAUGUUUGAGGACGACGCAGUGUUAAUACCCCGGGAAACGGCAUGGUUCGGGUACUAUCCCGAUGGCGCCUUCAGUCCAGUGCAGCCACCUCAAAAGACAAAGUUGUACACGGAGGACUGGAUCGGCUUGAAGGCUUUGGAGGAGGCUGGGCGUGUUAAGUUCGUAUCAGUGCCAGGAGGUCACCUGAGCAUCUCCAGAAGUGACACGAAGAAGUACAUAGUGCCAUACUUGAAACCGGACGGAUCAUCCAGGUUCGGCAUUCGUCGCAUCUUGUCGGAUUGAUUCACGAGAAGAAGGCGUUCCGAGUGACCAGUUCUAACGUCACAUGGACAUGGAUUGUAUGUAAGCUCUGAAUUGUGGACUUAAUUGUUGAUGCCAUGUAAAUACCUUGGUAAAGGUAAUGGGGUAAUGGAAUACGUCGUGUACUGUAGGGCAGGUGGUUAGCGUACCUGAACUGCAGAACUGGCGAUGCUAGAAUUGUGCUGCCUAUUAGCAAAACGCAAUUGUGGGCUUUUAUGUAGCAGACCUCACUAGGAAAAAGUCCAAUUCGACAAUCUCGUAUAUAGUUCGGAUUUAAUUCAACAACAGAAACAGCUAUAAUGAUUCCUCCAGUUAGGCUUCCUCCAAUGGUGCCUUGUAAGCU